AUGAGGCAAGAAGUUUUAUUGUUAAUGUUUUGUAUGUUCACAACGUCUUGUUGUGGUGUCUUCUACACGUCCAGUAAAGCUAAUGAUUACCCAAGAAUUGGAAGGCGAAGCUUCUUCACAAGCAGCAAAGAAAAUACGUAUCCUAGGAUGGGUCGCUCUGGUGAUGACGGAAAAGUGACUAUAGACAUGUUAAAACGACGUUUUACGGCUGGGGACAGUGCAUCUUACCCACGACUUGGGAGGGCUGGAUAUUUUACGAAAGGAGCUGCUAGUUAUCCCCGACUUGGAAGAAGUAGUAAUAGUUUAGAUGUUGAAGAUAUCCAAGAUUUAAUGCCCGAUUCAGAUGAAGAACUUCCACAAAGAAACAUUGCUCAUUUAGGACUUCAAGCUCCUCUAGCGUUUCUUUUAUGGGACAAAAACGGUGAUGGUCAUUUAUCAAAGUCGGAAUUUUUAACUGGUUUAUCUAAAACAAGACACAGACCAAGUCACAAGAAAUAA